AUGUUCUUCGAAAGUUUCAUUUUAAAUAUAUUAGUUCUCGUUGUACUUAUUCUCGCUCUUCUAUUCGACUAUGCCACAAAAUUCUUCAGCUACUGGUACAUCCGCCACAUUCCAUACAGAAUACCGAUUCCUCUAUUCGGAAAUGAUUACUUUCGCGUCUUAGGAAUCCGGAACACAUCCGAUGAAGUAAAUAAAUUGUAUACGACUUACGGAAAAGAUAAGUAUGUUGGGUGUAUCAAAAGUCGUAUACCAGAUUUGAUUGUAAAAGACCCGAAUUCUAUAAAGAAGAUACUGUCGACGGAUUUCUCGAAUUUCCAUUGCCGAGGCUCCGCACUGGACAGAUCUCAGGAUGUUUGUAUACGAAACAAUUUGUUUUAUGCUGAAGGAGAAAAAUGGACUCUAUUGCGUAGUAAAAUGGAGCUUUUAUUGAACAACAUGGACGUGAACCUACGAGACAAUUUACAUGACUGUUUGCAAGGAAUAAAUGGACAGACAAAUGUACAACAAUUAUUAUGUGAAAUAUUGGAUGUUGUAUUUAAGGAUUUGCUUAUCGGUAAUAAUUUAGAUGGAUCGGUUAUAAAGACCACGAGAAAAAUAUUGCAGACUAGAACUUUGUUUGAUAAGCUUAAGAGCUAUUUGAAAGAUAUUUUUCCUUCAAUCUAUGUGAUGUUUGGAUUAAACGUUCUAUCGAAGCAAUACUUUAGCAAAUUUACUCAAGUGCUCGAAGAAUCGAAAUUAAUGCAGGAUAUUAAAAAGACGGAGUCCAUUUUGCACGACGAUACAGAUGUUAAGAAAAAGUUCAAGCUGUCCGAGUGUGACCUAAUAACAGCGUACUUAGCACUUUUUAUUGGCGAAGGAUACAUUCCUUGUCACCACACACUAACUACGUUAUUAUACGAAUUAGCCAAAAAUCCUGAAGUACAAGAAAAGGCAAGAAAGUGUGUAAACAGCUCAUCUGAAGAUGAUUAUCUAAGUCACACGAUUAAAGAGACUUUGCGUCUCCAUCCUCCUUAUUCAAUUAUUAACAGAAAAUGUGUAAAGACCUAUCAAUUUCCAGAUAAGGAUCUCCUUAUAGACAAGAGCUUUACAAUUACAAUACCAGUUGAGGCACUUCAAAGGGAUGAAACACAUUACAAAGAUGCUAAUAAAUUUAAUCCAAGUCGCUUUGAAGCAAACCGUGAAUUACCUGAUUGUAUUUAUCUGCCUUUCGGUACUGGACCUAGAAAAUGUAUUGGCGAGCGACUUGCGUUACAAAUCAUCCGCUCUGUAACUGCAUCUAUUUUGAAGUCUUUCCACAUAGCGCCUUGUGAAAUGCUACCUGAUCUACAAACCAGUGAUUUUAAUUUUAAAAGGGUUAUUGAUAAUGAUUUAUGGUUAAAAUUUGACCCGAUAUCAUAG